AUCAAGUCAAAAUUUUCCUCAAUUUUCCCGCUUGUCGUGUUUAGGGUAGUUACAUUUUAUUUGCUAAUAAGCAUAAAUAAAUAACAACUAUGGGCAGUGACGAGGAAGAUUUAUAUCUGCAAAAGUUAAACGACUUUAUUUUCGACGAGGACAAAAUAAUAACAUUUGCAUGGCUCAGUAGAGAACUAAAAGUUGGGCCUCAAAGGGCCAGAGAGCUGUUAACAUCAUUUGUGAAAGACCACAGAUCUCUGAAACCAAAUGAUUUGUCAACAAGUUGGAUCUUGUCAGGAGUCCUCAAGGAAACAGGAAAUAUUACAGUAUGCUUGGCCAGGGAACAGGAACUUGAAGUGAAGAAGAAUCUUUUUGAUCCACUUGUAUCAGAAUUAAUUUACAGUGUGCAGAAGGCAAAUGAAGUUGAUCUUAAUGUCAUAUCUAUGGUUGACAACCUUGACAUCAAUAAAGACACAAAGUUUUUAAUAGCAGGAAGAAACUGUAUUAAGAGGAAUGUCAGAGUAAAAUUUGUGGUGCCAGAGACACAGAGGGCAGCUCCAGUUGAUAAAACUAAAGCUUCCCAUUUGUUUGGUAAAGUCAAAGUGGACACAUCUGAGCCUAAGAUUAAAAUUGAAAAGGUUUCACCCAAAAAAUCAACAACAAUUAAGAUCUCUCCUAAAAAUGAAGUAACAAAUAAAGCCAAAAAAGGCGGCUUAGCUAGUUUCUUCACAAAAGGUCCUGUCAUCAAGACGGAAACUAAACCUAAAGUAAAACCUGAAGAGGAAGUUAUAGAGGUGGAUAAGGAAGAGGAAGAAAAGAAGACAGAUGUUGUAGAGGUGGAGAAGGAGGAAACGGCGAAGCGCAAGACGGAUACUUUCUUUGAUAGUGAUACGGACGAAGAGGCGCAGAAGAUUGAGGCAAGGAACAAACGGCAAAAAGUUGAAGAGAAGUCAAAACCUAAGACUUCGAAAAGGAAGAAUGAUUCCAGUACGGAGAGACCUAAGAAAAAGCGAAAGCGAAUCGUGCAGAGAAACGAUUCCGACAGUGAUGAUAUGUUCGCUGAUGAAGAAAAGAGGGAGGACGACGAUGAAGAUAUUGUAUUAUCGGACAACGAGGAGACGUUUUCCAUUAAUGUGUCCAAAGAAACCUCGAAACCAAAGAAUAAAAGGCGGAAACAAGUUGAGAAAAACUUCAUGGACGAAGAUGGAUACAUGAUUACCAAGAAGGAAUGGGUUACAGUGAGCGCAUCCGAUAGUAGCGAAGAAGAGAAGGAGCAAAAGAAUCCUCAAACUAAAAAAGAAACUUCAUUGCCAAAAAAGAUCAGUCCGAUAAAGCCAGCCGUUAAAUUGAAGAAGCAACAGCCUGCAAACCAAAAGACCCUCAUGGAUUUGAAGAAUAUGGGAAAUAUGAAGAAGGGUCUGGAUAUGACAGCGAGCGAGGAUAGCGGCGACGAGGAUGUGUCCAGUAGCAGCGAUGUCAGUAUGAGUGAUUCCGAUUCGGAUUCUGACUCUGGAUCAGAUGUGUCUCAGAGCGAGAUUGAUACUAUGGUAACACAGUAUGAUCAUGGUGAGGAAGAGGAAGAUGAAUUGAUAAAGGCUAUCAAGAAGGAACACACAAAGAAGAGGGAUCAUCCUCCAAUGAUAAAAUGUGAAGACCAUAUUGUCAAGAUUUCGUUUCAUCCAAAUGAGGAUUUGAUAGCAGCAGCCUUGAUAACAGGAGAUGUUCUUGUAUACAGAUAUGGAAAUGAGGAAAAUAAAUUGGAAUCUACUUUGGAGCUUCACGCUAAGGCUUGCAGGGAUAUAAGUUUCAGUGGAGAUGGAAAGUAUUUGCUUUCAGCAUCAAAAGACAAAUGUGUUGUGAUCUCUGACGUUGAGACUGAGCAAAUGGUUAGAGUUUAUGAGAAAGCACAUGAGAACCCGAUUAAUUGUGAUGAUGAAGGUGUUAUAAAAUUAUGGGAUCAAAGGGAGAAUAAUCUUAAGCACAUAUUCAAGCUCAAAAAGAAUGAAGAUACCAUUACAGACAUUGUAACUCAUGAUGAAAAGAAAUAUAUGCUUUGCUCCAGUGCUGAUGGCACUUUAACCACAAUAGACUUGGCAGAGAGACAGUUCUUUGUGCAAUCUGAAGAAUAUGAAGAGGAUUUGACUGCUCUUGGUUUGUUUAAACAAGAAACUAAAUUGCUCGCAAGUACUUCGAGGGGCAAGCUACUUUUGUUUAAUUGGAACGAAUUUGGUCUGCAUAGCGAUAUGUUCCCAACGACUGAUACGAACAUCAACGCUUUAAUCCCGAUCACUGAAAAUAUCGUUGUCACAGCUUGCGACGAUGGCGUUUUAAGAGCUACACAUCUAUUCCCACAUCGACAUUUAGGUAUCGUCGGUCAACAUGAUUUGGUUAUAGAGAGCGUUGAUAUCUGCAAUAACGGAAAAUUCAUUGCAUCUAGUGGGCAUUUCAAUGACAUCAAAUUUUGGAACAUUCAAUAUUUCGAGGACUUUGAGAAGGUCGACAAGAAGAACACUAAGCGGAAAGAGUCGGAGAUGAAUCUGCCGUCGUCCAAACAAGUCCUCCGCAAUAUCAACAUAGAGUUGAAGGACAAUUGCAUGAGUGUCAGUUGCAAUAGUUGCAAGAUCAGAUUGAAGUGCAAUCACGAGAUGAAGUAUCAUAAGGCUACCCAUCAUAAUGGCAUCAAAGUCAAUCCCAUUCACUUCAAAGUUACUUGCGAAAUUUGUAAGAUGAUUUUUAGUCAUGUCUACUUGAGUUACCACAUGAAGAGUCACCUUUACAAAGUUCAUCUUGAAGAUAUAUUUGGUGGCGGGAAUACAGUCAGCGAGGGCUCUUUCUUCAUUGUAAAGUUCUGGAAAUGCGAUAUCUGCAAUUUGUACUUCAAUAAUUCCGAAGACUCCUACUUUAAUAAAAGUAAAAUAUAUAGUUUGUUUAAAAUGCCAGAAGUAAUGGAAGAACCGCAGCCGGGAUCAUCGAAAGAUUUGGUGAAGAAGAAACCGAAAAAGGGAAUUAUAUAUUUAUCGCAAAUACCAUCGCACAUGAACGUCCUUUUAAUAAGGGAAUACUUCCAACAGUUUGGUAAACUUGGAAGGGUUUAUUUAGUAUUAGACAAUAAAGAUUCAAAAACUGGGGAGAUCAAAUGGAAGCAUAUGAAAGGUUCCAGAAAAUAUAAAGAGGGUUGGAUCGAGUUUGACAAAAAAUCAGUAGCCAAAAGGGUUGCAACAUUAUUGAACAAUACCCAAGUAGACAACCGCAAAAAAUCAAAGCAUUAUGACCAAAUAUGGAGCAUGAAAUAUCUGUCACAUUUCAAAUGGAACCACCUACAUGAACGUUUAAUGUAUGAGAAUCAAUUCAGAAAGCAGAAGUUGCGUAAUGAAAUCCAGAGUGCUAAACAUAAGACAAACUUCUUCACACAAAACUUGGACUUGAAAAAGAAAAAGAAGCUGGAUCUCAUAAACAAAGAAUAUCAAGACAAAGAACUGUUUGCAGUCAAGAGCCAGGAAGAACCAGAGGUUGAUCCAGAGGAAAGAAAAGAUUUCUUCAAAACACUUUUCAAUUAGUUUAUUUACUAAGAAUACAUUUGAUUUAUUGUUUAACAGCUAUUUUUUCUUCA